CCUUCAAAGUACUCGAUGUAUAGUUAAAAAAUGGGAGGGCACACUUGAACCGAGCUGCUCUAUGAAGGUAGGCUGCAGCGUGUGUUUAUUGAUGAGAUGAAAAGAAGAUGGAAGUGAGAAAUGAAACAAAGUAAAGGAACAUAUUAAAAAAACCCAACUAUACGCGCUUCGUCGGGGGAAAACAGGGGGAGCCGUGGAAACGCUGUCGCCACUUUUUGAACGAGCUUCGAAGUGCAGAGCAACACAUGAUUUGGACAGAGAGGACUGACAGCCUUGCCUAGCACCUGGCCUCUGAUCAGCCAUCUCCACCAGCAAACUGAAGCUUGACCCGCACUUCAUCACCAGCCACACAAGCAUCUUCGGAACAAAACGUCAUCUAACUGUGACAUCAGUUGCAAGGGGAUGACCGAGCGCAUUCAUAACAUCAAUCUCCACAACUUCAGCAAUUCUGUACUUGAGACCCUCAAUGAGCAGCGCAACCGUGGGCACUUCUGUGACGUGACUGUUCGGAUCCAUGGAAGUAUGCUGCGUGCUCACCGGUGCGUGCUGGCUGCUGGAAGCCCCUUCUUUCAGGACAAGCUGCUCUUGGGCUACAGCGACAUUGAGAUCCCUUCUGUGGUCUCAGUGCAAUCCAUCCAAAAGCUGAUUGACUUUAUGUACAGUGGGAUUCUGCGGGUAUCUCAGUCAGAGGCCCUGCAGAUCCUUACUGCUGCCAGCAUCCUACAGAUCAAGACCGUCAUUGAUGAGUGUACCCGCAUCGUGUCCCAGAAUGUGGGCCUGGCUGGGCCAGGGGGAUUCCCUGUUAUACCAGGAGACUCUGGUCAGGAAACACCCCGUGGCACGCCGGAGUCUGGCACCUCUGGGCCCAGCAGCGACGCAGAGUCAGGUUAUAUGCAAGCAACAUCACAGCAAAGCAUGGAUCGUGCAUACACAUCACUGUACUCCUACCCUGGCCUCACUCUGCAGAACGGCACCCGCGAGCGCCCCCUGUACAUUAACCCUCUGACGUCAAACUAUGAUGCGUCCCUCAGCACUCAGAAGGACCAGCAAUCUCAAGAUCCGCCCUGGAUGAACCGCAUCCAGGAGAGAUCUCAACAGGUCGAUCGCUUCAUCUCCACAGCAGAGUCCACUCACUGCCGCAAGCAACCCCGACCGGUACGCAUACAAACAGGAGGGAUGCACAUAAAGCAGGAGGCCGAAGAUGAGUACAGCUGCUACGAUAAUUUGGGGGACUGCCAAGAGGACACUGACCAUACUGAGGGUGUAGAGAGUGAAUCCAAGGUUGAAAGUUUUGACUCAGGGGUGAGCUCCUCCAUCAGUACUGAGCCAGAUGCUAUGGAGCAGCAGCCGUUCCUGACGGGCUUUAGCCGAGACGGGGGCGGGGAAGGAGGUGAAGGAGGUCCAGUGCAUAUAGAGGUCAAUGACUCGUCCCCAGAGCAAGUGCAAGAGACAGAGGACGGGGACAUAUCCCACAGCACUAGUGACAGUAGCAUGAUGCAGCCCCUGCCAAACUCAGUCAUGUCCCAGUCCCUGCCAAGUGCCCCGCACUACAUGCGCCAGGCAGAAUCACACACCAGCAAUCUGAGGAUGCCGCUCACCGUGACCAGCAAUUCCCAAGUGAUGGGCACAGCUGGAAGCACCUUCCUGCCCACACUCUUUCCUACACAGCCGGCGAGAGACAACAAGCCUUUCCUUUACCUUCCUGGCCAGCAGCAACCCCAGUUUGUUGCAGUGCCGCCCCCUGCAAUGCCAUCAUUCCCGAACCCUAUGUCGGUACAGCAAGCGCCAGCUCAGCAGCAACAGGUUGCAGGAGGACUUGGUCCGGGGGAAAAGAAGCCCUAUGAAUGCACUCUCUGCAGUAAAACCUUUACUGCUAAACAGAACUACGUCAAACACAUGUUUGUCCAUACUGGUGAGAAGCCUCAUCAGUGCAGCAUCUGCUGGCGCUCGUUCUCCCUGAAGGAUUACUUAAUCAAACACAUGGUGACACACACAGGGGUGCGGGCCUACCAGUGCAGCAUCUGCAACAAGCGUUUCACCCAGAAGAGCUCUCUCAAUGUCCACAUGCGGCUGCACCGUGGAGAGAAGUCCUAUGAGUGCUACAUCUGCAAGAAGAAGUUCUCACACAAGACCCUGCUGGAGAGGCACAUGGCCCUGCACAGCACAGGCAGCGCCAUCACAGGGCUGUCGGGGAGCGCAGGUACCCCGGGCCCAGUCUCCAUUCCCAUCCCUAUGGCUGUCCCUGAGCCUGGAGCUGGAGUGGUGGCUCUCGCCAUGCCAGUGAGCGGAGGUGCUGGAGUAGGGGCUGGGGUUGGAACAGGAGUGGGUGUAGCUGCAGAAGCGAGCUGCCAAGAAGGGACCACCUACGUGUGCUCCGUCUGCCCUGCCAAGUUCGACCAAAUGGAGCACUUCAAUGACCACAUGCGAAUGCAUGUCUCCGAUGGAUAAGUACUAAUAGAUAAACUUCUUUCAAAAAGAAUGACAAAUAAAAUGGCACUAGAUUUUCCUUUUCUUGUUUUGAGGUAUGAAGAGUAAUGAGUAUAGACACUGGCACAUUAAGUUUCCCAAAAAAAAAAGAUUUUUUUUGUUAUUCUAAAAGAAAAAAAAGAUGGUGGCCUUAAGGCUUAGUAGUUUGAUAUUGAUCUACUGGAUGGAUCCUAACUACAGGCCUCUAAAUGUAUGCUUUCCUAAAAUACUGAUUUAUGUGUUGAACACUACCGAAAGGCCUACGAAAGAAACACAUACACACAAACACACCUUUAGUGUAGAUAUGUCUGAAUGAAUAUACAUGUGCAUAUAUGUUUGAGUGUAUUUGCAUGUGUCUGUCUGUUUGUCCAAGUGUGUGUGUGUGUGUGUGUGUGUGUGUGUGUGUGUGUGUGUGUGUGUGUGUGUGUGUGUGUACAUUGCCAUGAAACAUAAAUCAUGGCAGUUGUGAACCCAUACUGACCAGUUUGGAAACUAUACAUGUCCAAGCUUACUGUGGUAUAAUUUACAACAACAAUAACAAAAAAUCUUCUGGGGUUGGGCUACAUAUUCCCUCUAAAAAUACUGAUGGUCACAAGAUUGCCUUCUUAUGUAAAAUAAAAAAAGGAGAGUAGUUAAUUUGACAGUGGGUUUUAUUUAUUCCUAUGGUAUUAAGGGAUUAUAAUGAAGCUGUUGUCAAGGUACCAAUUUCAAUCAUUUUACUGAAAUGUAACUUCCUGUCAGUGGUGGCAGGGGCAAAUAUUUCUCAUAUGUUUUGUAAUUGUCCAUGCAUUUUGAUGGUUAAGAUUACGUUUACUCAAUUAGGGUGUGUUGAUGAGACAGUAUUUGAGCAAAAAUAUGUUUCUUUUUUUCUGAAGUUUGGAGUUUAAGUCAUUUGCAUACACUGCCACUAAUAUCUUAAAAGACUGUUAAGGCUAGUAGACCUCUUCCAUUUCAAAACAUAAGAAAAAAAGAAAGAUUCUUUUGCUGAUGGUUUUUUUAGCCUUUCACAUUCACAGUUAUGGCAGGCUGGCAUAUGCGACUAAACUCUCUCCUUCAUAAUUGCUGCUCCUCAACUUGCACCUGACUGUUAUGGGAUGUAGAUUAAAAAAGGAUUUGUCACUUUAACUAUUGUUGUUAUUGAGUAGCCGACAUGGUUUUAAUUUGAUAAUCGAAUUAUAAUAUUGGGGGGGGGUUGUUGAUUGGAACCGUGUUAAAGAGGGAGGGAUUUAAUUUGAAUCAAAUUUGAAUUGGAAAUAAUUGCCAUCCUGAACCUAGAACCCCUGUAUAACCUGUUCAUUACUAUUGCAAAGCCAUUUCAGCAGGUGGGAACUAAAUGCAUUACUCUUUAUGUAUUGGCUCUCCCUGAAGGCUCAAAUGGCAUGCAACGUUUUGAAAGGAAAUACAUUCUCAGAGCAAAACAAGUAGCUCCAUUGAAAUCACACUGUUUCAUGAUAUACCACAAGUUGUAGAUGGACUUUCUAGACAAUAGUAUACAUUCCUGAUUUUUCUAAAAACCUAGACACAGCAUGUACAGAAUAGAUUUGGAAGCUAGUGUGCGCAAGUUGUCAUCCAUGCAUCACAUCACUUAAGGCUCAUUUCUGAUAUUUUAAUUGUUUUGUAUUGCUUUUUACUCAAAAUAGACACACACACACACACACACACACACACACACACACACACACACACACACACACACACACACAAACACAUGCAACUGCCUGCAACUGCAAACUGAAGGAUUUGCUCAUUUAUGUGAGCAAACACUUUCGUAGUUGUAUUGUUAAAAGAAUAACUGCAUACAGUGGUCUUAAAAAGACCUGCUGUAGAUUAAAAAAACAAAGUGCUACUUUGCACAUUUUCUUAAAAUGCCUGUGCUUAAUAUUUAAUCAUUUUCCUUAAAUGAACUUCUAUGAUUUUCUUUUAUUCAAUUUCAAAGGAAAAAAAAAACAUUUUUUAAAAUCUUGAUAAGUGGACUGCAUUAUUUUCUUGCAUAUAUGUUGCACUGCUUAAACCAAUAAGUGCACUACUGUUAACAGAGAUAUUAUAGUUUUAGAAAAGAGGAUUUUUUUUAAAUCUAACAUUUGGUUGUAGAGUUCACAUGUAAUAGAAUAGCUUUGUUUCAAUUUAUUCAUUAAGUAAUUCAGCGGUUCUUGGCUUUUGUUAUUGCUUGCAGUUACCUACAGUAUAUACUUGUGCCGUGUUAAUGCAAGCAUUUAUUUUUAUUUAAAUAUGUACCAUUACGUGUGCUCAUCCAUGUUUUAACCUUUGAAUUCAUUCUUUUAUGGAGUCAGCUCCCUAUAACAGUUAUUCAGUUGCAUUUCUUUAGAAACAGACAGAAUUUUCUUAUGAGAACAUCCAAGCCAAACAACAUUAACAGUGAAACAACAACAGUAAUAAUAAACACAACUCCCGUCCAACUCCGUUGGCGGAGGUAAUAAUAUUAACUAUUAUUAUAUUAUUAAUAAUAAUACAUUUAUAAUGUGUGUGUGUGUAACAUAAAUGAUAUGUGUGUCCUAGAACAACUUUCCGUGGGUUUAAAGGUGUGGGGAGGUGAUGGAAUGCAGCUUCUUUGAUAUCUGUCCGUCAGUUGUACACGGUUGUGUCCCUUCCUUAGUGUUUGUAUGUCUGUGAGUGUCUGUGUGUGGUAUAUAGCCUAAUCAAACUGUUGAUAAGUGGUAUAUCUGAACUGUAGGGCUUCCUUAGCAAUAUGCAACACAGGUACUAUGAGAAGCAGCUCUCCAAACCUUUUGGGCUAAUACGGCACCUGUAACAUGUGUUCUGAGAUUUAACUGAAGCCUAGGUAGGUCAAGUACUGUUGACUUCAUUGUACCCGUUUGGAGAAGUUAUGUCCAGCAUUUUGAUGCUAAAUUUCAUACAAUUGCUACUAGAUUUCAGAUCCCUGUGGAGUGAGUUGAAGUGAAGUCAAGUGAUGAAUGAGACCUGGAGAGAUUCUGUAUUCUGUAAUAUAAUAUUCUGAAAUAUACUGAAAAAGCGCGAGGUUAGUCCGCAGUAAAAGUAGCACAUUAUUUAACAUUUGAUUGGGCCUGUCUCCUAUGGUGUGCAUAUAAGCCUAAAUUGUAUGGUUCCUGUUUGUAGCUGUUGUUGCCAGGAUGGCAAUAUUGCUGCAUGCUAGUGCUAUAUUUGUCUCUACACAGCACGUGGAGGGUAAUCUCAUGCCUUAACAGACAAUGCACUAAAUAGAAUAUGUUAGCAACUGCCGAGAUCUCUUUCCAACAGUACUGCCACAUGUAUGGCACACAGCUCAUGAUGUUGGUGUUUGUAGUCUGUUCAGUACCAAGUUAAACACUGCCAAACUAACAUCAUCACUUAUUUGAAAGCAAAGGCAGAGACAUUAAUUGAAUUGUUUCAGUGUAAUGUAUGUAUUCAGUAAUCUAGCAUUCCUUCAUGGCACCUAAAUUUUACAUAUUUUGUGUAAACACAUAUAUCAAAUGCACUAUUGACUGUAGCUAGAUGAGUACAACCAGCUUUGUGGUAUCAUUGGUCUAAAUAGUAGGUUAAGUAGCUCGAUGUUGGUUUUUGAAAUAUUUGAUUUCAGAAUUACACUAUCAAUUGUUUCUCUAUCUUUUUUUAUUUGGAAUAACAAAAGUAGCCAAUCUCAACAUUAUCUGGAUGAGGGCUAAUAACUCGUCCCAUUGUCAGUUGACUUCUUGUAUCAUAAGGUGUUUGAUAGCAGACCAGGCUCGGAAGGGGAAGAACCUUCUCUCCAGUGUGUCAUAACGUGUUAUAGCAUACCCAGGCUCCCCCUCCCCUCCCCUGUUGCAUUAGCAUCACAUGCUCUUCACUGUCCAUAGUUAUAUAUUCCUUAUACUGCUUCAGCUACUCGUGGUGGUGCUUAAUUCUCUUUUCUCAGUGUUGCAAAAAGUCGGUUAAAAAUUGUUGAAAAGUUGCAACAUUAUCCAGAAAAUAAGUCCUUAUCUCAAUUGUGCUUCUUCUAGUUGUUAGUUUGAAAAAAAAAAUAAGUCUAGACUUUUAUGUUUGCAAAGUGUUGGCAUAUUUUCCAGAACAAAACAUAUUGAAAAGUAGAUAAUAGCCUUGAGCCUGCAGCUGUUUGUAUUGUGUUUCAAAUAUAUUACUGUUCAUGUUUUGUUUAUCUUAGUGUAGAGACACAGGGUCUACAGUACAUUGUUGUCCUUCUUGCAGUAUGUUUAAUUCAUCGUUAUACUUCUUUAUUUCAGGCUUCCUCCUGCUUUUUUUAUGGUGAUCAUAGUGGUGUUGUUUAUACAUACAUAGCUUCACGCAACUGGAUAAAGGAUAGUCAGUUAUUGAGUCAUAUUUCACAGUGUACUAUAUAUGCUUAUAUGCUUUGCAUUGAGAUGAAAACAAGGAAAUGGAAGAUAGUAAUGGUGAGGGUCAUGUUGAGUAAGGAACAGGUUCAUUUUAUUCUGAUAAGCAUGUGUCUUCCUGUUUGUCUUUCAGUCUGUCUCCACACAUUUUAAAUCAGAUUUUUUUAUUUAAGCUUGAAUAAAGUUAAGAGUAGAAUACAGAUAACACGUGAAACCAUUCAGAUAAUACUUAACUGCAUUUUUAUUUUGGCCUUCUACAGUACACAUAAGAGUGAAAUAGAUAACUUCUUACAAAUAUACUAUAUAUAUUUAAGUAUCACCAUCUCCACACAGCUGGAGAAUACAUUUUCAGAUAGUUUGAUAAAGACAGAAUUGCAGCUAGAGUAUACAGUAUCUUGUGGGAUAUAGGGAAUAUGCCUAUCAAGUGCCUAUCAGUACAUACAGCAACUAUACAGAAUAUUCAUAGUUUUUCUCUCCUACAUUGCACAGAUACAGUAUAUACACAAUGGUCUAAUAUAAAUGUACUAUUUAUACUAUUACUGCUAAGACCUGGUGGUUGCGAGUACAUCCUAAGAGAACCCUUUAAAAUACCUGAAAUGUUCUAUUCAUAUACAGUAAAGGAUACAUCUGCAAGUUUUAUUUUUUAUCUAACAUUUAUACAGUUUGGAGGAUUCAAAGAUAUAAAAUGCAAUCAUGUUUUAAUGUUUAAAUGAAAUAUACAAAUACAUUGAGUAGGUUCGGAUGGUACCUGGAAAAAAUAAAUAUGAAAAAUUGAAUAGCCAUUUUUGUUUAUUCACGUUGCUCUCUCUCAUUGCUGUUUGGCAUUUUAUACAUGCCAUCUUUUAGUUUCAGUUUUUUGCCAUUUGCAAACAAGCCAUAUAAUGUACUGUAUGUUUUGGGGGGAAAGGGCAGUGGCACUUUGUGAACAGCAGAGGGAGCCACGCAUCUACUGGAAGAGGUGAAGUUAACACGCUGCCUGCCACAAUGAUCCAAGUCGAAUAUUUAGAUAUUUAAAUCUUGUUGUUGGUAAAUAUGGCCAUUCUUCAGAUUAUAAUAACAUCUAUAAGUAUGGCAGUAGUUACCUCCACUGGCACUUACUGUAAGCUGUGGCAGCUGCUUUAAUAGUUCAAAGUACACUCUGUGUCCUUUGACCUCAAUGACAGGCCCUUCCACAUGCAAGCCAUUGCCCAGUUUCCCCACAACGAUCAUUAAAGUUUUAUCUGACAGCCUUGUUGUUUACGUAUAGCUUGAAAUUGUAAAGGGCAAGCAACGAGCCACGUGAAGAAACAAAGUAGAUAUUUAUAACCACUACUUGGAGGCAAAAUGAGAUUACAAAUUGAAAGUUUUGGCAAUGGAGAACACUCUCUCUCUCUCUCACACACACACACACACACACACACAACAUUCAAAUGCCUUUAAGUGGUUGGUUUAACAACAUGAAAACAAAACUAAAAGAAAAUAUAGUAGAAUGAAAACCAUAAAUCAAGUUGAGUGGCUGCGAGAUAAAAGGUUUUGGGAUGGCUUAUUAUUCUGUCCCCAGUGGACUAAUUACCACAGUUUUCUCUCUAACCUUCUCCAGCCUAGUUACUGUGCCAAAUUUAGGGGAAAAAAGGCACGUUUUUAAUUAUACCGCUAUUGUUAAAUUAGAUGUGAAAACCAAGCACAAAAAUGAAAAAUAAAAGAUUCUUCUUAAGUAAGAAAUUUCUGUAAAAUCUAUAACAUAAACAUAAUAUAUAUCAAAACCUGCAACAUACUAAAAGUAGGUGAUUGAUUGCCUUUAUUUUGAAUCUUUAAAUCCUCCAUAAUGCAUAGUUUUCAAGUAAAUAGGAGAAAACAGCUAUGAUUAACAAAUGCACAUUGUGAAGGCUUAGUUUCAAAUACAUUUAAUGUUAAAAUGAAGCAUUACUAAUAUAGGCAAUGUGAUAAAGCUAGUCCCUGUCAUCCAACCGUCACACUAUGACACACACACACACAGCAUCUGUUCAGAUUUUACCGUCAAACAUCCAGAUUCUGUUUUGAUUUUGAGCUUUACGCACAUUCAGUGAAGCAGCUGUUUUAAAGUACAACACAGCCGAACUAAGCUAUAACAACAUCUAGAUUAUAUUAUUACUUUCUCCGAACAUGCAGUUAUUACACUACCCUGAUGAGAUUUUUAAUAAAACAUCAUCAUCAGGUAACUACCAUCCAUCAGUCCAAAUGAAGCAUGCAGUCCUGUCUACACAGCUUUUUCCUGUAGUGGGGUACUUUGUUUUUGAUGGAGCACAAACUAUAUUUUGAGUGUCCCUCAAUAACAGGCUUUCUUUAUCUUUUUUUUUUUUAUCACAAUGCUGAGGCGAUUUAGCCUCUGACGACUAAACAUUGAGCCUCUUUGUGUUCUCACACGCUGUAGUCUUUUUGGCUUAGUCCAGCCCGAUGAGACGAUUAGUUUUAAAGUGUGCAGCGGCGCAACUAAAAACAUGCAUUCCUCUUCAAGUCCAGAACAUUCCAACUCCUAGUCUGGCGUUCAUUUUCCACACUUAACUAACCUAACAUCAAGAAGGAUUUCCAGCGCUUAAUCGUUCUGUUGGAUAUUUGAUUACAUAGUAGCAAACAUUGCCCAUUACAUCAGAGUUUAGUAAAAAUGUGCAUUUCCCUUAAAUAGAUCAGCUUUUUAAUCUCAUCUCGCUGUUCAUUCAAAUUUUGCCACGAGAUCACAACCCCCAUAAGCUUUGAGCACAGUUUAUGCUUGUGUGGACUGGUUCUAUAGACAACAUGCACUAUGCUAUCACUCUGUUUCUCUAUGUAGGUCUCUAUUUUAUAGUGCAGAGACGUAAAAUAAUAAACAGAAAAGCAGCAAAAGGAGAGAAGUCAAGGCUCUUCUUCACCACGAUGUUGGUCACUGUCUCAGCCAGCACGUAGUCUGUAGACUUAGAUUAAAUAUAAUAGCACUUCCUAAAGGUGGUGGUCAUUUGUAAAACGGGGCCAUGCUAAUCAAUAGAAGUCAGAUGAAAAAAAAAAACUGUACUAGACAAUGUUUGUUUUCACAAACCAAAGAAGGGUUAAGAUAAUUUAAGUUUUAUGGAGAAAAUAACAUUUUUUUUCUAUGUGUGUGGGGUUCCUACGGUUGGGUUAGAUUGCUACAGUUGUUUUUUGGUUUUCUUUGUUUUUCUUCUCAUUGCAGGGUGCUUGUGAAAAUGCAUCUAUGUUUUUGUCACUUGAUCAGUUGUUUAUAGUUUUGUGGUUGUGUUAAGUUGCCUAUUGUAGACCAAAAUAGAUUUUUUUAUAAGAAAUGCAACAAAACAUAAAAAUGAAUCUGACACAGUAGCUGUGAUGUAAACUAUCGCAUGUUAAAACGUGUAUAAGAUUGUAAAUGUUGCAUUGUUCCUCUUGACAAAACAUAAUCAUCAAUAAUCAUUGGUUAUGUCUUCUAUACACACAUUUAGCAAAUCAGUGUAGACCUGUUCACCUUCACAUUGGAUUAUAUCUAAAUAGUUUUUGUUAUAGCAGUUUUCUUCAAAUAUUGGCACCUCUGAUAUUUUAAGGCUGUCCCUAAAUACUAAUCUGACAUUGUGACUUAAGAGUACAUUUUUAGCCAUUUAUACUUGAGAUGGACCAAGAUGUUAAGUUUGCACAUAUUUGUAGGUUGUUUAUUAAGCCAAAAAAAAGGAAAGAGAAUAAUGAUACACAACUCUCACUCUCAGCAAUUCAAGUCAAAUCUCGCUGAGGUGCUCAUGAUCUCUGAAAUAUUAGCCUUUCAUGUUCGCUGAAAAGAAAAGCAUCAGAGCCAGCCAUCACUACAUGAUAAAAAGUAAUUAAAACCAAACUGUAACAUGAAUUUAAGUAUCAUAAUGUGGUCCAAAUAUUUAUGAAAGUGAUUACAAGAUGAUAUAUUUUUGUAAUAACAACGCAUCAUCUGCAAGCGGAAUGUAAACCGUUUGGCAAAAUUUGACAAUAUUUUAUUACUGUAUGGUCUAAUUCUAGGUGAAUCUGCUGUAUAUUUUUCAUCCUGUGUGUUCAAAAUAGGAAAUUGAAUUACUGUAAUUCGGGCAAUGUUUUGUACCUGGGGUGACGACAGAAUUUCUCAAAGAUUGACAGUACAAAUCAGAAAUGACAUGUGUCCUAAUCAAAGCAGCUUAGGUUAUUUUUCAUCUGGCUUUUCAGGCUUUUUGCUGCCAUAUCUUGUAUGUAGAUGCUUUUGUAAACAUGCACUUGAGUUGAACUAUGAGAUGUGCUUAUAAAUAUGUGUAUAUUUUGUUAGGCUCUUUUUGCCUACGUUAGCUUGAUAUUUUAUUAUUUCCCUAAAAAUACUUCUCCUAUAUAGUUAUGAACUUGGCAGAAGUGGAGCUGUUGUAGUAAAGGUAGUUAACAUCACAACUAAGCAACCCUGAAAUAUAUGCUGCAGUAAUGUGUUUUCAGUUUGUUUUUGAUAAUUUAUGCUCCAAGUUGGUUUGUAUUUUAUUAUUAUUAUUGUUAUGAAACAAGCUUGUUUGAAAUGUAUUGACUGCUGUUUUGAAAGAGGGGAUAAAGUUUUUUUUUUAUGUAUGUGCAAGGACAUUUUUAUAAUAUGAUUUGUCAAACACUGGACUGGAGUGAGUUUUCCAACAUUUCCAAGUUGAGAGAUGUAUUUGACAGACAUAACUGCACAGACGACACCCGCUAAUACAGAUGUGAGCUGACAGACAAAGCACAUCCUCCCAGCUGUACUGGGGAGGGUGACUAACAUGGCCGCCGUCCUUCCGCUCAAAAUAGUCAUUUAGAUGUUAGAAGUAAAGACAUUUCCUUUGUGCUGGUUAAUUGCAUUCAUUGAGUUAUAUAUAAUAGGAAAUAUGUAUUAGGGUUUUCCCCCCAAAUUGUCGCAUGGCAUCGACUGGUGACAGAAUUUUUUUUUCUUUUCUGAAAAAGACAGAGUGCUCUCUUAAAUAUUCAGAAAAAUCGUAAAGGGAUACCACUUGACAGCUAUCCAGUUAUCAAAAUCACCUGGUAUGUUCUCGCUAUGGAAGAGCAGAUAUGACAGUUGAGUCUCAUUACACCAUACACCACUUCUCAAACCAGAAAAGAGAUUUGCACUAGACUUAUUUUGGUCUCCUUCUAUCAAAAGCAAUAUAAUUCACUCAACACAUUUUUGAACCAUAGUAUGUGACGGUUGUCACCCACAGGGGCAAUGCUGAGUAAAUGGUGAUAUUUGACAAGUUGUUUUUGUAUUCAAAGGUACAGAAUCGGUCACCUUUUUAAAUGCACAUGACAUCCACAUGUUGUUGUUCGUAGCAGGUUUUUUUACCCAGCAGUACCCCGAGUAUUAGUGUCCAGAUUUGAGGGGCAUUAAAACUGUUGUUUCCUCCUGUGAUUGUUUUGGACAAAUCAAGCAGCUCUGAAGUGAGAGACGGGAUUUAUGAGGGAAGGAAUCAUUUCCCAUGAGUCAAAUGUUGAUUGUCUUCAUCACACAGCAGACUAAACACAUUUAAAGAUAAACACAAAUACCAAAAGAUAAACCCAGCCGCCCACUGUCGUGCACACGUUUCCCCUUAAAAACACUCAUCUUCUCUGCAUAUUUGGUCACUUUGAGUGCUUUUUGCCGGGAUGUCACAAAAGAAAUGCUUUAAAGUGAAAUAAUAAAUAUACGUUAAUAAACGAAAAUACGUUUUGGAGGAAGGAAAAAAUCAUUUCCAAAUGCACCUUUUGUCGUAUAAACACAGCAUAAUUGGCCACUUAUGUAGAGAAUCUUUGUCCACCAAAAUGUAUCAUCCUUUUUCAACGAGGUCACUCACAACAGCAGUUGAUGGAUAAGUGUAAAAUUUUCAAUAAUUCACGAACAGCAAAACUUCACCAUUUUAUCUGGAUGUAGUAGCUUUCCUGUUUUCACCGCUUUGUGGUGUUGUUGAAAGAUGUUGCGGUUUGUCUAAAUAUGUUGCGUGUUAGAGGAAGCAUAAGUAUGUGCCUUCUUGUAAUCUCCUUGGUGAGCUUGUUAUUAUUGAGAAGCUGAAGCCAGCCAAUUGUGUUUGCACUAAAACCAAAUUGCUUUUGUGAUGUAGACUAUUUAAGCAAGCUUGUUGCGUCACUUUAACCGUACAGUAUGCAUGAGGGUGAAAUUGGUAAGUCUAGGGCUAGAGCUCUCAUCUGUUGACCUGUAAACCAGUGCAGCUUAGAGGAUCUUGUGAAUAUAUCUUGGCUUAGUUUCACAUUCAGUUUUCAAUUCCAUCUCCUUACUCAUCAAGUUUGUCGCAAUUUCAACAGUUUAAAAAAAAACACAAAAAAAUAAGCAAAUAAAAAUAGGAAAAAAUAAGCAAAUAACACAUACCAUGAAUACAAUACAGCUUUUACUUUCACAUGCCACAGUUAGAGAGUUACACAACUGCAGUAGAGAUAUUAAUUUCUCUGAAUCCAUGGGAAUGCAUGAGUAUAAGAGGUCGCCUCAAGACUAUUGGUCAAAUUAAUUUAGGUUGUUUUUGAAAACUUGUAUUUAUUACAUAUUUUGUUGACAUCUAAGAAAGGCCUACAUGCUUUGAGUCUUACAAAUGCACCUUAUUCAUGUCAGUCCAUGUGGGAAAAAAAGGCUGGCAAUGUAAUAUCUCUGAUUUAGCACCUUACUACACAGCAUGUUUUCACUUUAUGCCAGUUUAGCUAUUCUUCCAUAUGUAUGAUUUCAAAAAUAAAUCUCAUAUUUUGUGAAAUUGUUUCAUGGGAUGUGCCAAAGUUUGGAGGCGAUCUCCCAAGUGUUUAUGCUUAUCAUUUUCUUUUCCUCCUCCUUCAGUUAUAGCAAUGGUAUGUCAAAACUUUCCUAUAACAGUGUGUGGAAUCAAUUUAUCUCAGCAAACAGUAUCAUUACUUGCCAUUUUACAAUAAGCCCUGUAUUUCACAUAUAUUUACCAGUGAUGUGUAUUUGUUAUUAUAAAGAAAAUAGCCGUAAAAGCUUCAUUAUGUUACAUAAUAUUGUGACUUUUUUCGAAAAACUGUGAAGACUUAUCUUGCAUAUACUUUAUACAGAAGUAUUAAGCCUUAAUACAAAAGACUAAAAAAAGUGUGGAAGAAUAAACUGAUUGUUGCUAAGUAAGGAUGAUUUUUGUAAAUGUUACCAGCACUUUUUUUGUAAUUUUCACUCUCUGAGGUAUUGUACAAGUUCAAGCUGUUUGUGAAGUUUGAUUAUGAAGGAAUAAAAACUAGUACUUUCCUGUACUUCACAGAAA